ACCUUGCCAUGGCAUCUUGGGCAGAGCUUCCUUCUCCUUUGGGCGUUCGGCGUGUGUCCAUGGCAGAUGUGCUUAUUUUCUUGAGAUGGGAUGGGAUAGGAUGAAAACGCCACCCGCGCUCUCCAUGAAGGAUGAGCGCCUGUACGUAGGCAUGAGGAAUGGAAGUAUUGAAUGUUCAAGGUGUUGAUAAUGCCAACAAAGUGUGAGGAUUUGAGCGUGACCGGAUCCGCGGCACAUCCGAAGUUCGGCUAUGGUAGUUUCCGACGUCGGGAAGAGUGGCAUGAGCAUCGCGGCCACACGCCGACCGAGUGGGAUGAAGAGGCACCGUGUACACAAUACAGGGCGAGGGACUAUUUUCUGGAUGUCCCUCUGUACUGGCCUUUGGCGGAAAGGCUGAGAAGGUUUCCCGAAAACAGAGCGGCGGCCCGGAAUACUGAAUCAUGGAUGCUUUCUUCUCUGCCUCGUUGUGUGCGUCUUAUGAUGCUGCUGUUCGAGAGAUCUCAGGAACUUGUCAACUUCGCAUCCGUGGUUGCCACAGUGUCGGAUUGCAUGGCAGACGGGACGGUAGGACGAUAUUAUAUCCAAGGUGGGGUCGUUGUGAAGGACCUCGACCUCAACAUCCGCUCGGUCGAUGCGCUGGAGCAUACUGCGAUGGGAUGAAUCGUGCGACGAUGCCUCAGAUACAGCAUAGACAAUAGAAAUAUAUGAG